GCAUAGCCGAUGAGGAAGAAGAUAGGUGCCGACGGCAAUCUUCCGGGGGUUACGGUUACAUGGAAAAAAGUAUUCAUUUUCAGCACUAGGCAAAACAACUUACCUGCUGGUUCUUCGGCUUUCUUCGAAUCGCUUCAACAAAACAUUUGUUGUUUACGUAAUUUUCCUACAAACGUAAAAAAAAUAUGCAACAGAAGUUUUCAAUGGACGAAUACGUUGAGGGAAGAGCGAAAUUUUGAAUCAAGAAACAAAUCAAGUAACUACGCAGAAGUAAAAAAUUGGUGAAAAAGUGCAGCAUGAAAAUAAUUGAAACAAGGGGGUGUCAUCAAAUUAGCUGUCUCUGAAUACACAAUAUAAUGAGACAUAUUAAACAACAAUUCAAUCCUUAAUGGCAGUUGAAUGGUGCAGCAUAUACCGUAUUUAUUCGAUUUUAUAAUUAUUUUUGACACGUUUUGCGGCGGUAUAUAAUCAAGGACUGCUUAUAAACUAGGACUGCUUAUAAACCUGGACUGCUUAUAAACGAGGGCGGCUUAUAAACGAGGGCGGCUUAUAAACGAGGGCGGCUUAUAAACGAGGGCGGCUUAUAAACGAGGGCGGCUCACAUUAUUUUAUCCAAGUUUCCUGCCAAGGUUUCUUGUAACCUUGAAGCUAAGGGUAACAGUAUAGGAGAUGAGGAAGAAGUAUUUCUGGGCACUCUUGCUGACCUCAUACUGGACGAUGUUGUUGGUUGAACUUCUAAUGUCUACAUUGUUGUCUAAGUACUCAAUCAAGUUUUUAUCAGUUUUUGCGUCUGCCAUUUUAAACAAUGUAUUGUUGCAUGGUUUUAUGGCUGCAGCUUAUAAUAAAAAAACGGCUAACGUUUCUUCGUGUACCAAAUUUGGUGCGCUUAUAAUCGUGGGUGGCUUAAUAUUGAAAAAAAUACGGUAGGGAAAAGUUCCAUCCAAUUCGUUGUUUCUGAAUACAUGUUGGGUUUUUUUGCUGCCUUUAAUUGCAAUCUGAAGAUCUAACUGUCACAAUUUGUAAGCAAUUCAGUUAAUUUUUUAAAGUAAUUUCGAAUACAGUUAAAUACAUUAAUGUGUUAGAACUUUGUUCCAUUAUUGUAAGACAAAUAGAAGAAUAUUUACAAACCCAAACACGUCAGCUUGUAAUACAAACUAAUCAACAAAGAAAAACAUCAAAGGAAUUCUGAAGUUACCUGAACAAUACGAUGACGUUGCCAAUCUGUUCCUAAUGAGAGCGAGGCCAAAAUCUUAAAAGCAAUUUCUUGCAUCUGAAAAGACGUUUAAUUCUCUAUAAAUGCAGUUUCAGUCAAAAAGCAUUCCAUCUAAGACUACUCAUGGUGCAGGAUUAGUAGAAAGAGCAGACAAAGCACGGUCGCUCGAGACAUGAUGCACUUUUAGAUUUGUCAACGAUAACGAAAAACGGACAGAUUUUGCAAAUCUUAGAUACUUUAAAUCGCUGAAACUUUUAAAUUUCAUAAUCAAAUAUUUACAAUUAGGAAUCUAAUAAUCAAAGAUCACUCCUGCCAUUGCAUCAACCCCAUAUCGCAUAUGAAAGACUAAUAAAUAGAAUUUCAAGCUGGAAUUUCAUUAUCAGCACACAACUCUAAAAAAUUAAAAAGAAUUACACAACACUUUGAAGUGUUUGCUAAUUUUGGAAAAAAUUGAAUACAGACAAAGGAUUCAGUUCGCUAUAAAAUAUCUUUCAUGCCGAUGGUUAAAAAACACUAACAAGGAGUAGAAGACAAAGAAUAAAAGCAAAGAGGAUUAGAGAGAAAAAAAACAAGUGUAAAAUCAAAAUGUAAAAUUGAUAUAAAUAGCAAUACCUUUUCAUCUUUUGCCGAGGUUAAUGUUACUAUUUUUUGAAGAGACCCUUUUCCAUCCUAGAAAAAACACAUCGAGCUGAUUUUAGUGUGGUUUCAGUAUAUAGCAUGUUAUAAAACUCUUACAAUACCUUACCAGAAAAGUUAAUCCUUUAGUUUAAAAAACAAACCUGUAGUGUGUAGUUCUAUUAAAACAACUUUAAUAUUCUAUUACUUAAAAAUUGACUAGAAAUAAUGGUGAUUGGUUGAUUGUUGAUUAUACGAUGAUGAUUAUUAUGGUUGUGAUUAUAAUGAUAAAUGAUGAUUGAUGAAAAUGAUCUAUGAUAAUCGAAGGUGAUCGACGAUGAUCGCUGACAGUGAUUGACUGACCAUUGAAAACUUACGAUGGCGAUAAUAAUCAAAGAUCGCAACUGAUCAUUCGUGACCAACGACGAUGGCUCUAGAUUGUUAUGAUGAUUAUGAAGUCACAAUGAAGGGAAUGUGAUUGUGAAAGCAACUUAUACAGCAAAUCAUUAGCAUAAAAAUGACAUAUUUUGAUACCUACCUCUACAAGGGCGGCUAGAUUUGCUUGAUGCUCAACAAUGAGGCUCAACGUCAUAAUAGCGAGUAAGGCAAUGUGCUCCUUCAUUUCACAGAGUGACAAAACUGGGUGUAAUGCACCAUCAGAUACAGCUAUAAAAAAUAAAGGAAAAAUCAAUAUACAAAAUAAAGUGACUGUCUUCUAAGGAAUGUCAUAGAGAAGGGAAAAAGUAAUCCAUUAGACUAAUGGCAAAUAAUAACUUAAGGGUAAAUUGUAUUGCUCUUUUUUCUAAAAGUUGCCUCGAAGGUAAGUGAAACCGCGUAUCAAGGGCGCCAGAAACGUUAAAAGAGUGGUAUUAGAUAGAUACCACAUAAAAAGAGCGAUAGAAAUGAGAUGACUGUAAUGAUAAACAGAACGGCAAAGAAUGUCAUUUAAUCUCUCUCUUCUCUAUCUACCUCAUUAUCCCUUUCUCCUCUGAAUUGUUAUGAUAUCUAGGAUAUGUGCGCCUGUUUAAGGUGCGGUUUACCGGUAUCACACGAUGUUACCGAUGUUGGAGGAUCGUUGUGAUUUUACUUGCGCAUUAAAAAGCAGAUCCCUUUGAAUCAACCACUUAAUGCUCAACACAGAGAUAUCUCAACCCUAAACUUAAAACUGUUACUCCACAUGUGCAGUGGCAUAACGCAGUUUAGGGCAUCUUAGUUCGAUAACUGAGGCCCCCGACCAAACGGGGCCCCAAAUUACUGUUAUAUCCACGUUUUAAAGACACGUUCAAGUUCUCCUCAAUUUUAAAGCUGUUAAACUUCUCUAACUGAAGCUUCUAUUAGUUGACGAGAGAAAUUACCAAUUUUAUAUCUUGCUAUUGUCCUUUACAUGCUCUUAAGCAUUCGAUGGGACUUUCCUGCCGUCUCUUAAUAGGGGCUCCAUCUUGCUUAUCCCUGAGGCCCAAGGUGCCUUCGUUACACCACUGUUCAUGUGUAUUCAAAAAUUCUUUAAGAAAAUGUAUUACGGAAACGUUUAAUGGAAACGUACCUUGGGCUUUCAAGUCAUCUGAUUUACAGAAAAUCAUGAGAGCACUGACAGCAUCGAUGAGCGUUUUUUCCUGACUUUCAUCAACUGCAGAAAGCAUACUGUUGAAAUAAAAAACAAUUAAACAAAAGAUUGAAACUGGCAAUUGAAGAAAGAUGAAAUGAAACUUCAAUCAUCUUUUUACGAGUUACGGAUAAAACUGACUAGAUUCGGGUGGCUACAAACGAUACUAAAAAUUUGCAAAAGUGCAUGUAAGUUGUGGUGUAUGUAAAAGUGCGAUGCAAAAGUGCAUGUAAGCUGUAGUGUCCUGGAUGAGACCUGAUCUUGACAAAAUUUGAUUGAUCUUGACUUUUUCAACAAGUGGCUUUGUAACUCAGAAAACGCGCUCAUUUCGAGCAGUUUCUCACUGAUAACAUCAUACUCCUGUCUUGGUGGCUACAACAAUUUUUACAAAAAAAAACUUUCAAACUCCUUAAUCGUGAUACUCUAAAGGGUUUCUAAUCAAGUGGAGGAGGGGUGGGGGUUUGUUUCCCGAUAUUACCUUAUUUGUAGUCAUCACAGCCCAUGGAUUUUUAUUGUGGAACCAGAUUGUACGUUUUGGUAAAAUUGUAGGGACAAAAAUUAGCGACUGCUCUUCCAAAAGCGAGGGGUGUCCCUGGGAAUUUUUCAUCCUGUCAUCGUUUGAAAAUAUCCCUUUGUACUGACAUUCCAUUUUUCUGCCUAUCUUGUUUGAACGUAAAUCGUUCUUGGGAUACAUGUCAACCACUAUCCACUAAAAACUAACUCCCUUUUCUCUUCAAAGGAAGACCAAGCAAUUCAAAAACUGCGACAACAAUUAUCAAUUAUCCCCCACUUAAUGAAUACUUGGUGACAUUGGUGAGACACGAGCAGACAGAUAGGGAAUUUAGUGAAUACUUCAAAAAGUGUAACUGACCGAAAUUUAGGGAAUUUCUAUUGAAAAAGGUGAAAAAGAAGCUAGGCAUUUGUUGCUCCCAGUUUUCUUUCUCACUUUUCACGGCAAAGGAAAAUCGUGCCGAACACAAGAAAAGACACAAAAAUUAAACAGAAUGCAACAAAGGAAACAGCUCUUUUUAUCACUCCAGGACCGGCACAUGGCAUACACACAAGUCCAGACGCAUUAGCAAAAUCGGCAUUUUAAACAUCAAUCCACAAUCUGCAUUAUAUUUGCAUCUGCACCCACAGCAACGUGUUAGCAAACACCACAGACAGACAAAAAUAUCACUAUCAUUUGCAGGAGGAAACUAAUGCUGAAGGAACGGCAGACUUAACAAACGAGGGAGAUUUACUCAAACUAUUGGCCAGAGGAUGAUUAUCAUUGUCGUGAUCUUCUGGUUAUGCAGCGCUCUAACUGGUGUUGUGGCGAGGCUUUGCCCAGAUGUGUGUUUUUGCAGCGAUCUAGCAGUCAAAUGUUCAGGGCUUGGAGUGCAGGAACUUGACAAUUCAGUCCCAUUAAAAAUCAGAUUCUUGGAUCUAUCCAAUAACCCUUCUCUAGCAAUAGAGAAACACACAUUCACCAGAUACAAGCAUCUAGAAAUUUUGAACUUAAAGAACUGUUCUUUAAAAGAUCCGAUAAAACUUCCAGAUUCAAUCACUAACAUAAAUCUUUCACACAACAAACUACAGACAGAUUCUCUUAAAAGGCUCCUGCAAAAUGGGAACUGGACAUUUCUUAGAGAAAUGGACGCAUCAUCGAACAAAUUAAAUCUCAACAACGACGUUUUCGGUUUGAUUCCAAGCGGACUACGAGCUCUCAAGCUAGGAAACAACGUGUUACCAAAAGUUACAAGGCGUUACCUGGCUGGUCUGAAAAGUCUUCGCCUGUUGAACAUAAGCAGCUGCGGUUUGCAAGAAAUUGAGUCGGGCACAUUUGACUCACUUAGGAGUUUGAGCAUGCUUGCUCUUCAUAAUAAUAAGCUCCAAAAUCUACCGUUAAGACUAUUCAAAUUUACAAAAAAUCUCCAUUCUAUCUUUCUCAACAACAAUCUUUUGUUAACGCCGCCUGACUUAAGCGGGAUUCGCUAUCUAAUGGUACUGGAUAUUACAGCAAAUCGAAUCACAAGAGUAAAGACUUCAGAUUUCGCCAUCAAUAUUAUUUCUGUUCUUCGUCUUAGUGCAAACAGAAUAAAAACAUUCAAUUUUACUGGAAUCAGAUUCUUUUCAUUAGACCUCUCACGCAAUGAAAUUACGGCGAUUCCUGAUCACGUAUUUUCGGGUAACACAACCAUCAAAUAUUUGUUUCUUCAAAGUAACAAAAUAGAAAACAUGUCUCCAAAGGCAUUCGACAAACCUGCAAGAAUAGUUGAGCUGUUCUUGCACAGAAAUUCUCUAACAAAGUUGCAACGACAUCAAUUCGAAGGCCAUGUAAUCGACAAAUUAUUCUUGUUUGAUAACAAGCUUACACAUAUCGAGGGGUUCUUAGAUGGGAUGAAAGGACCUCCAUAUCUAUUACUUUUGUUUGGGAACCCAACGCUACAUACUCUUCGAGGAUCAGAUUAUCGAAGCCUGCAGAACAAAUCAGUAAUAUAUAUAGGCUGCAGCCAUCUCAAGAAAAUAAUAAUGAAAGAUGAAAUAAAAGCAGAUUUAGUCUGCACACCAACCAAGGAAACCAACAUAACAAUGCAAACUGAUAAAUUGCAUGGUCAUGGCUUCAGAUGUUACACAGAUUCUUUUCGUUUAUUAUUUCACUGCCAACCCUGCUUAAUAGGAUACCGACAAAACUGCGAUACUGCAUACUGUGGAGGAGCAUGCGUUGCUUGUCCGGCAGGAGGAUUCUAUCAAGAUGAAAUGGCAGCCAUUUCCUGCAAGAGCUGUCCUUUAGGCCAGUACGUACCACCAGAAAAAGCACCUGGCAAAAAUGCAUUGGACUGCCUCACUUGCCCAAAGGGAACAAACACAAACAGCUCAGCCAGUUAUAGAGCAUGCUCUUGCUUGGAUGGUUACGCAAGGACCAAUCGCUUUGGUGAAUGCAACCAAUGUUUGGAAAAAGGUUUCAAUUGCAAACGAGACUACCAGAAGCUGAAGAAAGGCUACUGGAUGUCUUGGGAAACCAUGGAAACUGCAUCGAACAAGUCGUGCAAAGAACUCUUUCUAUCAUUCAUGGUUAACCUCGAUACCAUAAGUGAUGACUACAAUAGAAGGACAGUUCGUUAUGAAUGUAAUAUGCCCAUUCCACAUAAAUGUCCUAUCAAGGAGUCAUGUAUUGGUGGGGUUAAUGCGACCUGUAUACGAGGCUAUACAGGUGUUUUGUGUGCAGUUUGCGAGAAAGGUUUCAUGAAAAAUUUCGGAAAAUGCAUAAGGUGUCCAUCAGCAGUAGUUGCAGUCUUACAGUUUCUCGCAUAUAUUGUAGUGUUCGUAUUGCUAUGCUGGUUGGUGUCAUUGACUGACAGAAAAAGGAUGUCGAACAGCAAUGAAACCAGAGGAGACUCUGAAGUAAUAACUAGAGACGAUAGAACUUUUGCAGAUGCAAUUCUUUCCAGCUUUAAAAUUCUGAUUGGCUUCUACCAGGUUUUGAGUGGAACCAUUCAUGCACUGGGAUACAUCCAUUGGCCAGAGACCAUGAAAACAACAAUGAACCUCUUGCAGUACAUUCAAGUAGAGAUUAUACGAAUACCCUCUCUUCACUGUAUAAGAGCGGACUGGGAAAUAGAUGCUAAAACUGAAUUUUGGUUUGCAAUCAUCGCUACUGUUGCUGUGCCGUUUCUUAUUUUGCUUUACUUUUCAAUCAAGUCUCUUAAAAGAACCCGUUGCUACUCGGCCAGCACUCAAGAAAUUCAUCACAAACAGAGAGAGUCUGCUAAACGUUGUUUUCGUGCCGCUGCUUUAUACAUUUUUGCAACAUAUCCUUUAGUAUCAAGCCAUAUUUUUCGCCUCUUGCCAUUCAGUUGUCACACAUUUUGCACUACAGAAGUUAAAGGGAGAUGUAUGAACCACGUUUCGUAUCUCAGAAGUGACUACCGGAUUAGAUGCCUUCAAAAUUUAAACAAAACUAAUGGUACCUUAAUGGCAGCAUACACAGCUUCAAUUCUUCCAAUAGGUCUUCCAUUUCUUCUUCUUAUUCUUUUGUGGCGUUUUGCCCGAAAAUCCAAACAGAUGGAUGAUGAAAUCACGUUUCCAAUAAACGAUAUAAAUGAGACAGGCUUUGAAGAUGAGCCAUACGUCAAUGCAAGGCUUCUCAAUGAAAACAACACCGAGAAUGAAGGAAUUGUCAAAUUUGCACUCAAGUUUGCUUACGAAAAUUACUGUGAAGAUUGUUGGUAUUGGGAAGUAUCAGAGAUGCUUCGAAAACUCAUCAUGGGUGUGGGUAUUGUAUUUUUUCUUCGGCACACCAAAAUCGGCCUUGGAGGUAUGAUUGUAAUUGCAACAUUUUUCGCUGUUCUCCAUGCUGCAAAAUCUCCAAUAAAGGACAGGUUUGAGAAUUUUUUGCAGAUGCUUUCACUUUCUAUCAUUCCAAUAAACCUUGCUAUUGCUGCAAUACUACAAUCAAAAAGCACUGAAGAUGAAGCUGUUUUGGCGGAACAGGAUGAUUCGUGGGCAUUGGGCAUCUUGUUGGUGAUAUUGAACUCAUCGGUGAUUGUUUUGGUGGCAUUACGCUUGUUGCGAGCCAUCAAAAGAAAGCUUUCAUCAGCCGAGAUAGCAAGACAACCACUCAGUUGUUGCAAGCGUUUACUUUUAUGCUGCUGUGGAUGCGUCAGAUUUACGCCAAUAAAUAGUCAAGUUGAUGUGAUUGCGAGAGAAGGAGAACUUUGAAGGAUUUGAAGUAUCUUGAGACUAGGACCCCUUUGCAAUAUAACCUACUUCAAAUAUAUAUCUUAGCAUCUCCAUAAAGUUCUUAUGUGCAUAAAGUUCAUAAUAAUGCCCGAUUGUACCCAAAAACCUUAUUAAGAAAAACGCAUCACAACUUGGAAGCCAUACCUCAAUGGUGAAGCAGGAGGGAUUGAUUGACACUGAGAGAGUGACCCUUGUUGGAAUGGAUUUUCUAAUUUUCAUAUAUUCAGCUGAGAAAAUAAUGAUUAUAGUAAUAGUAUGUAAAAAAAUUAAAAAUGUCGUUAACGUAACUAAAUAGCUUGUCUGAAUUAAAAUCCUUGUAACUCAUUUCUGUGUGAAAUAACUUGCAACUAACUACAUAGCAUUUAUAAAUGCCUUGAAAAACGUAACACGUAUUGUUAUCAAGGAAAUGAAUUAAAGAAAAAUGGAAUGAUUAGAAAGACAGAACAUACCUGCAUAUGGCUUUUAUUGCACCACAUCUUACAAGUAGUGGGUGAAGAACAGUUUGAGUUGCAAGCGUGUGAAUGGCAUCAGCAACUGAGGCCUGUAAAGAGUUGAUAUCAUAACGUUCAUAAAUGCUGCUAUAUCGAUAAAUCUCUUGUAGGACAUACAUACCUUAUAAAGUUUGCAUCUUACAAAAAAAUGCGACAUAAAACAAAACUCUGAGCCUUGAAAACUUGAGAGCAUCAGUUUAUGACUGUGGUAGCCGUUGAUAUAAUACAACUGAAGGGCUGUUAGAAAGCAUGUUUAAUACGUAGUUUCUACAUAGAAAUUAAAAAAUGGAAAAAGCUAACAAAUGAUCCAUAAAUUAUCCGUUAGAAUAUGUUGCAUAGUUGCACAGGGUGCAUCAUCUAAAAUCUGAUAUCAAAAGGUAAAGAGAUUCUACUUUUCAAAAGUACCUAAAAAUUUCAUCACCCAUUGGCAAUCCCCUUAAUCAGCUAAAUUUUGCUGUGUCAAACUGUCGAUUUUAUUUCAAGAUCUUCAUGUUAAGGGUUACAUAUUUUGUAUUUUAGUGUUUUCAAAUUAAUGAGAAAAAAAACUUGAAGUAAUUUAUCACCCCUCUUUUAACUAUAAAAAAUAAUUGAUACGAUAUAACAAUAGCCUUCUAUAUAUUUUCUUGGAGCCCGUACUUAUUAAUGAUUCUCUCGAAAAAUUAAGAUUUAAAACCUGUCUAUACCUUGAUCCCAUCGUUGAUACUUUGGCUCAGGUAUAUAAGUGUCUGUAUUCCACCCAACUCAACAACCUAAAAAAGACGUUGCUUGAUGUUCAAAGUAAUAAAUUUGGAUAUAGAGAGAAGUGACUUAUGCUACUUGUCGUAUGAGAUCUAUUUGAAGAAUAUGGUAACACUGGCAUUUAAGUCUUGACAGCUAAAACAAAAAAUUACAGUGCCAUAAAAGUCUUAAACCUGACAAUUGUUUUCAAAGCAUUUAUCCUUGGGUGCUUAUUUCAAGAGUAACUCCUACAAAGUUAUCAAGAUUUGCAUGCCAGUAAAUCCAAGCAUGUUUUAAUAUGCCAAAGUAAAGAGCCUGUCCCAAAAACAAUGUGGGCUUGUAGCCAUGUAACCUGUUUUUUUACCAACAUUUAAUCAACCAUGGUCACAGUGAUGAAUAUACCCCACCAAAAGUUUUUGGAUUUAUCUAAUGGCAAAAGGAUUAGUGUUCAAAAAAGCUUGUGCUUUGCGUAGAUAAAAAAGAUCACAAACCUUGAUUAAACUUUCAAUUUCUUUGGUCAUCUGGGCAAGUGACUGAGCAGCCUCUAGCUUUUUGGCCUACAGUGAAAAAAACAGAAUAGAAAUGUUAAUAACUGUAUUUCAGAAUAUAUGUAAUGGGCAAGUCAUAACAGUAUGUCUUAUCACUCUUAAUAUUAUCUCUUAAGAGCCCCUGGGUCUUAGGGCCCUAGAGGGCUCCCUCCCCCCAAGGAAUGGGAUAAAACAUGCUACAUCAACAUUACUGAGAGUAAAAAUUGCUUUUAAUAGAAGAAAUAAGAGCACUACUGUACACUGUGUAAAAACAGCUGUUGACAAAAACAUAGCCAUCCACAGUUACCAAAAUUGAUGAAGUUUGAUAUCUGCUGUUUUGAAAUAUUCCCUGUCCUUUUCUCGUGCAUUUUCUAAAUACUUCUUUUGAGCUGAAUCUGCUUGAUGCUGACAUGAGAAACUCAACAUCAAUUGCUGUGUUUAAGCAUAAAUUACUUGCCAUUAUAAGACCCAAUAAAAUUCAGUUUAUGAUAUAAAUGAUAUUGUUGGUGCUAGACAUUUGUCAAAAUUGCAAUUAAAUUUCAGUGGUCUAAAUAGGUGGCUGCUGCUCUUGGCUCUUAUGUCCAUGGGUUUACACAUUGGUCAGGGGUUGUAGGCUUUUCUUGUCUGUGGGUGGGGGUCCUCUGUUCCUUGUCCUGCAUUUGUUUCUUUUCUAUCUUUCUACUCACUGAUAUCGUUGCCUGACAUCUAAUGUGAGACAGAAACUUGACUUUCCUCUGUAGUUUCUUUGUAUUUAGAAUAUUGUCAAUUUUUGAAUUGUAAGGUGCCUUUCACAGUGGGAACUUCAAUGACCUAGAGUCUAUUCCAGCCAUGACAGGCGCAGUAGUUGCAUAGUAAAAAAACCCUCCAUAUGUCAAGCCUGUUAGAGAUCUUCACUAUAAAAUCCAACUGUAUUAAGUUAUGUAUGCUAUUGAGUUCUCUUCUUUUAGUGAUUGUAUAAAAAAUAGAAAGCUGCAAAGCUGGCCUAUUCUUAUGGAAACAUUUCAUUCACAUAUCCACAUGAACCCGAUGCAUUUGCAAGGAGAUUUAUUUCCACCUUAUCACCAAGGCUGUAUAGAAUACUUACAAACUGGGGUGAUCUUGCCUUUGACAUAAUUUCACAAACUGGAGCACAGGACUCACAAACCCGCUGAGGCUCAUCAUAACCCAAUUGAGACAAGGAGACCUGAAAAAAUAACUGAUUCAGUAAGUUCACUAUGAGUACUAUAACUUUUGCAAAAGCAGUACCACCAGGGCUCAACA